AUGAUUAAGUAGAUGCCUAAGAAUCAUUGAAGGGUGAUUCUAUUUUGCCACCUUUUAUUCCUUCGCCACUAAUUAUUCCUUCACAUUCCCUUACCUAUAAAUACUAAUCAUGUUUGAGUCAAUUGAGGGAUAUUAAAAAAAAAAAAAGAAGAAGAAGAAGAAGAAAGAAAGAAAGAGAGAAUGGACAGAAAAGAUCAAGCUCCUAUUCACAUUCUUCUUGUGUGCUUCCCAGCUCAAGGUCUAAUCAACCCCAUGCUUAGAUUAGGGAAGCGCUUGGCGGCAAAUGAGGGCCUUCUCAUCACUUUUACCACAAUUGAAAACUUGGGCAAAGAGAUGCGAAGAUCUAACCACGACAUAACCGAUCAACCCACACCCGUCGGCCAUGGCUUUAUGAGGUUCGAGUUCUUCGACGAUGGACUCCCAGCGGACGACCUUCGACGCACCCAAUACGAUUUCUACAUGACACAGCUUGAGCUCGCGGGCAAGGAGUCUCUUCACAAACUGAUAAAGAAGCAAUCGAUUGACGGUCGACCCGUUUCAUGCAUAAUAAAUAACCCAUUUCUUCCUUGGGCUUGUGACAUUGGAGAAGACCUCGGAAUCCCUUGCUCCACGCUCUGGGUUCAGUCAUGUGCUCUCUUUGCAACUUACUACCAUUAUUUCCACAAAACCGUGCCGUUUCCGACUGAGGCCGAACCAGAGAUUGAUGUUCUUCUGCCGAGUAUGCCAGCUUUAAAGCACGACGAGAUUGCUAGCUUCUUGCAUCCCACUAGGGGUUCGUAUAAGGUGAUUGGUCAGGCCAUUCUGGGGCAGUUUAAGAACUUGUCCAAGUCUUUUUGUGUUUUGGCAGACACUUUUGAGGAGCUUGAACACGAAAUCAUUCAAGAAAUGUCCAUGUUAUGUCCAAUCAAGGCCAUUGGACCUUUAUUCAAAGACCCAAAAGGCGCAACUAUUAAGAGCACCAUUCGUGCAGACGUAAUGAAAGCCGAUGACGAUUGCAUGGAAUGGCUUGAUUCGAAACCGCUGGCGAGUGUCGUUUACAUCUCCUUCGGCACCGUUAUUUACUUGAAGCAAGAGCAGGUGGACGAGAUAGCUCACGCGCUAUUGAGCUCCACUAUCUCGUUUCUAUGGGUCGUGAAGCCUCCUUCCAAAGAUUCGGGAUUAAAGGUUCACGAUUUACCAGAUAGAUUCGUGAAGGAGACUAGAGGCAGGGGGAAAGUGGUCAAGUGGAGCCCGCAAGAAAAAGUUCUGGCUCACCCUUCUGUGAUGUGUUUUUUGACUCAUUGCGGAUGGAACUCGUCUAUGGAGGCGCUCACCUCCGGAGUUCCCGUGGUGACUUUCCCCCAGUGGGGGGACCAAGUCACAAACGCCAAAUUCUUGGUUGACGUAUUUGGAGUCGGCGUGAGACUAUGUCGUGGCGAGAUGGAAGACAGGGUGAUCUCGUGGGAAGAAGUUAAGAAGAGUUUGAUGGAGGUGAUGAAUGGUACUGAAAAGGCAGCCGAGUUGAAGCGAAAUGCUUUGAAGUGGAAAAUGGCGGCCGAGGCGGCGGCCAAUGAGGGCGGCUCCUCCAAUCGUAAUAUUUCUGAGUUCUUGGAUGAGAUAAGAAAGAAAUCAUUAUGUGUUUCUUCUACUUCAUUCUAACUUUCCAACUGCUCAACAACAAGAGUGAUACUCUAAAUCAUAUUGAUAACAUUAUUAAUACCAUUUCCAAUCUGUUUUUUUUUACCAUUUAUGAUGGUUUUACUGUGUGCUAUUCUAUUUUUCUGAAAAUAAAUCAGCCUUCUAUAAUUUGCUA